AAAGGUGGUGUUUUUUCUGUUUUGUACAUGAACUACUAAAUACAUUUUACAUCUUUGAUGUCACUUUAAAUUAAUGGCUAAACAUUAAGAGCUAAUCAAUAUUCUCACUUCCACCCAAUAAAGUAUUGGGUAUGAAACAUUAGAGCAACAAUAUUAUAGCUGGUCAUUAUUUUCCAGUUUUGAUUUAUCUCAAUACUAUCUUAAAAUAUCAUAAAAUUUUUACCAAGACCGUCUUAGCUCAUUUUAAGAAUGUAAUUAAAAUGAGGAGCAAAACACAAUCGUUUGGUUCUGUGGUUGGCUCUUCAAACACUAUAAUUUCCUUUGCAUCACGCUACACCUUCACAAUGAAACAGGAAGCUGCACCAAAAAAAAAAAAAAAGAAAGAAGCAGCAGCUUCUGUUCACAUGGCAGUUAGAGUCACAGCAAGUCUUUGCACUUUUAGAGAUCUACGGUGGAGCUUUGUGGACCUGGAGGCUGAAAAUAAUUUAAGAGACGCUGAUUUCUGGAAAUCAACCUACGUCUAUUUUCUACAUAAAAAACCCUGAUCUGAAAUUAAACCAAAAAGUCCGCCAGAUCUGUCAUAAUGAACCAGACAAACUGCACCGACCCAGAAGCAGAGUUCCAGUACCACCUCUUCCCAGCGGUCUACAUCCUGGCCUUAGUCAUAGGCCUGCCAGGAAAUCUGGCGGCGUUGUUUGUCUUCUCCGUAAAGACCAGUCCUCGCACGGCCUUCGGUGUCUACAUCAGCAACCUGGCCAUGGCGGACAUCCUCAUCCUCUGCACGCUGCCCUUCCGGAUCCACUACCACCUCCACAGGAACAACUGGGUGUUCGGAGAACUUACCUGUCUCGUCACGGGGACGCUGUAUUUUGCCAACAUCUACAUGAGCAUCUGCUUCAUGACUUGCAUCUGCGUGGACCGCUACAUGGCCACAGUGCACCCACACACCUAUCUGAGGAUGCGGAGCCCUAAAUGGUCUCUUGUGGUGACUGUGGUGCUUUGGUGUCUCGGCGGAGUGGCUAUACUAAUCUUCAUCCUCAUGGGUCCGCUGGAAAGCGGGGAUGCCUCUACUGGCCACAGCUGCUUCGAAAACUUUGCCAAGAAAGAGUGGAACGAGCGCCUUAGGACGUACAGUAUAGUCAGCCUGAUCUUUGGCUCCCUGGUACCUUCAUUGAUCAUCCUGGUUUGCUACCCGCUGGUAGCCAACCGGAUUUCAACCAUCGGCACCAACACAGCAAAGAAAGCUGUGCGGGUCAUCUACACCAUCUUGGCCAUCACGCUGCUCUGUUUCCUGCCCAACCAUGUGGUCUACCUGCUGCACCUCCUUCAGCGCUUAGAGGUCAUCCAGAGCUGCUCCAUCAGAGCUUUCAUCUACAACGCCAGGCGAGUUACCAUGGCGCUCGUUACCCUCAACACAUGUCUGGACCCUGUGCUCUACUACAUGACUACAAGCCACUUCAGGUGGGAAACCUUGAAAAGGACAUGGCUAUGGGGGAUAGUGAGCAGGAGAAGGGGGGUCUACACCAUCUCUGUGACUUAAAUGGACAAAGGCACCUUCAACCAAAACACACAGACGUAACCCUUAAAAUGGUAUAAAAACAUACCGUUGAAUAGUUAUAGAGAAGUGGCAGGGACAGAUGUGAAAAUUGAUUUGUAUAAAAAUCUGUAUAUAAUUGCAUAUGCAUGUUUAUAUAUUGGUUAUCUCUACUGUCUUUGUAAAAUGAAUGUAACAUACUAAGGCCGAGGGCGGAAAGGGCUGGGAGAUAUGUUAUGCAAGGGUUACAGUUAAUGUAUUCUAUGUUUUAUAAACAUUUUUCUGAUAUACAUUUCUUUCAUUCAUAGACCCUUAAAAUAAAAAACAAGCAAUAUUGACCUGCUGUAUCAUAGUCAGUGGAGUGCACAGACAUUUUUGAAGGAAGGGUUGUGCACAUAAAGCAAGUCCUCACCAACCUGACUCCGCCAGAUGGAUUUGCUCCGCAUAUCCAUCUGGAAACCUUCCGUUGAAGUAAUUUUGGGAAGGGGCGAAAAUACUGGUUAGCUGAUUGGCCUAUGUUGGUGAUAGACGGGCCAA